UUACAGUUUACCAGAGUUUACAUUGGAACUGCAGGCGGUUAUGUUGUUGAUAUGUUACAUAAAAAUAUACAUGUAGAUAUUUUAGUAUGAAUGUAACUGUGGAAUUUGCUACAUUGUAUGUAAACAAUAUUUGGGAUCAAGAGUAACAAUUUAUUUUUGUAAAUCAACCGAUAAAAAAUGGAUGCCUAUACUGUGCCACUAGAUGCAGCAACAGAAAUGUUUUGUACAUUAUAUUUAUUUACGAAUGUGCAAAAUCCUGAAGAAGUACGAGCGAAAGUUAUUAAUGGUGAACUUUGUUGUUCUGCUAUAAAGGCAGCACUAAUAGUAGAUCCUUUCCAAGUAUUAGUUGCCGCCAAUAAAGCUGUGGUCAAUGAAAAGAUGUGUCAACUUACUACAAAGAGUGUAUACACAGAACUUUUAUUUAAUUUAUCAAUAUCAAAGAACAUAUCACGUUCAUUAGCGGAAUUUGGUAUUAAUGAUCAUGAUAAAAAUAUAUUGAUAGCACAGAUACACAAAAUGGAUGAUGAAAAAUCAUUAUCAAAAGCACUUACGGAUAUUGUUAAAGGAGAACAAACACAGCUUUCAAGACUAUAUGAAUUUUCAGAUGUCGAUUUAAUUAAGAAGACAUAUAAAAUUGAUAAAGAUGAACUGAUUCUUUCUAGUUUAACUGAUUCUAUUGUAUCUAGAAUCAGUUGUAAAGAAUUUAUAUUGUUAAAAUAA